GAUCCACAGCUUCCGACGCCAUUCUCACCUUUCAGCAUGGGCGCGCCGGACACAUCAUGGGUGUUCGCGGACCUCGCCGUCGCCGACAGCUCCAGGUACAGCACCCGCUCGCGGCUGCUGCUCACGGGGCUCUCCUUCGCCAUCGGCAUCCUCACCCUCCUCCUCUACCUCGCUGUCUCCUAUGCCUGCAGACGCCGCCGCCGCCGUCGCCUUUGCCGCCGUCAGCGCGGCGCGGGCGCGGGUGCUGGUGCGGAGGACCAGGAGGCCGGCAUGAGCGACGCGGCGAUUGUCUACGAGCGGGCCGACGCGGAGGCGGCGCCCGUGGACUGCGCGGUGUGCCUCGGGCAGGUGGAGGCCGGCGAGAAGCUGCGUCGGCUCCCCAAGUGCGCGCAUCUGUUCCACGCGGACUGCGUCCACGCCUGGUUGCGCGCGCACUCCACCUGUCCCAUGUGCCGCGCCGCCACCACUGGCACAACCCCGGCCGCGACAGCGGCGGCAGAGGCGCCGCCACCAGCCGUGGUUGCAGGCACGCCGCCUGCCUUGGAACGGAUGAAUUGA